AUGAACCCCCCUCGAUAUCAUGUCAGCCAUGUCUGGGGCCUCGGACGAUACUCCUGGAUGGUGGUGAAGCCUUCGGGCGAAACCAUCGAUGUGCAUUUCUCGAUGUCAUCGCCAGCCGAGGCAAGUGAAGCGGUAGGACACCGAACUUUGAAUCUGAACAAAGUAUGUCGCGCCUUGGAGGCAACCUCAGGCGAAGGAAAAGAAGCUAGUAAGCAACUUCAACGCCACGCUCGCACGACCUUGUCGGGUAAUCAUCAGUUCCUGGUCGAUCAUCCCAUGCGCCCCCUAGAAACACAAACAAGUUGGAUGUCUUUUUGUAAAAAUUCGGAGUCUUUUGGCGCGUUAGAUUCACCAAUAGCGAAGGUGAUCAACAAGGUCUGCACUCAGCAAAUCCAUGACCGCUCCUGAUGAACCCACAAGAUGCAGAUUUAGUCCGUCAAGCAUGUGGUUUACAGAACAUAAAACUUCCUGAGCUCCCUAUGUACAUA